GGGGCCUCUCGGAAUAUCCGCCAUCAUCGACUACGUCGCACAGCUACAGAACUCUUCCGCCACUGCUGAGAUCAGCACCACAGUGUAUUACCCAACUUGGGUAGAACUGUACAGCAAUGGAUACGUGAUGGGUGUCGUGGUGUUCCUGUCGGCUGUUGCCCAAGGCACUUUCUCCCAGAGUUCCACCCAUUUGGUCAAUGUUGAGGGCAUACAUCUCAAAGGAGCUCUGCAGGCGCUUGUAUACAGUAAAGCACUACGGCUGUGCGUGUGGAACAUCACUGACCAUAAGGAUGACUCCGGCAACACAAGCCAAGUCGGUGGCUCGGAUUCAGCGGCCGAGAGAGCCAGCGGUGGCUGCGAGAACAAGCCCGCGAAGGGCACGGACAUGGGAGCCAUCACCAACCUGAUGUCGGAGGACGCGUUCAACGUCAUGUCGUUCUUCUGGAUCGGCCACUACGUCUGGGCGAUCCCUCUCAAGAUAGGUGUCCUGAUGUAUUUGCUGUACCUGAAACUGGGCUGGAGCGCCAUUAUCGGAGCUGCGUUCUGCAUCCUUGUCAUGACUCCGCUGCAGUUCCUGAUCGGCAAGAACAUGUCGUCAAACUCGAAAGCCAUAACGGAUCUUAGUGACGAAAGGCUGAGGAAGAUGAACGAGGUUCUCCAGGGCAUCAAACUUCUGAAGCUGUAUGGCUGGGAAUGCAUUUACAGGAGAAAAAUCAUGGAGACAAGGCAGCGAGAACUGAAGUUGCUGGAUAAAGAUUCCCUCUACUGGGCCUUGUUGACAUUCCUGACCCAUGCGUCUUCGGUUUUGGUGACUCUGGUCACUUUCGGAGUGUACUUCAAGAUGGUGGGCGGAGCGCUGUCGCCAGGCGCCGUGUUCGCCGGGCUGGCGCUGUUCAACCAGCUGACCGUUCCGUUGUUCAUCUUCCCCAUCACGGUGCCCGUGGUCAUCAACGCCUUGGUGAGCACGCACAGGCUGGAGGACUUCCUGGCCCUCCCGGAGACCGCAGGGGCGGCCAGCACGGCCGAUCCGCGCCCGAGUGACUCGGGCCUGACCGAGAGCAAGGUGGCGCAGGUGACGGCCGAGGUGCCUCGCCAGAAGCCGGAGGUGGUGGAGUCCAAUCACUCGCAAGACGACAGUGUGUUUGGUCUGGGCAACAUCAUGGAAGGCGAGGAGGAUCCCGAAACUGAAGACUUGGAGGAAGAGUCGGGGAGCAAAGUGGUGGUUACAGUGAGCAGUGCUUCUUUCUCGUGGUCCGGGGAGGCAGAGAGAGUUUCGCUGUCUUUGAAAAAUAUUACAUUUUCGAAAGGCAAGCUGACGGUGAUAGUGGGCCGUGUCGGCAGCGGGAAGUCGUCCGUGCUGUCGGCACUGCUGGGCGAGAUGCACGUCGUCUCGGGGAGAGUCAAGUGGGCGGAAGGCAGUACGGUGGCGUACGUGGCUCAGAAGCCGUGGCUCCUGAACGGAACCCUACGGGACAACAUACUGUUCGGGCAGAAGUAUCGGCCGCGGCGCUACAGACGCAUCAUCUCCGCAUGCGCCCUGCAGCCAGACAUCGACAUUCUCCCGGGGAAGGACUACACCGAGAUUGGCGAGAAAGGCAUCAAUCUCUCUGGCGGCCAGAAGCAGAGGAUUGCGAUCGCCCGAGCAAUGUACUCUGAAGCUAACGUUGUUAUCCUGGACGACCCUCUCUCGGCGCUCGACUACCAGGUCGGCCAGCAGGUGUUCGAGCAGGGCAUCAAGCGGUUCCUGCUUCGACAGAAGCGCACGGUCAUUCUCGUGACCCACAGUCUGCAGCUACUGCCCUACGCUCACAAGGGCAGCCUGAGUGAGCUGGAGCAGACAGAGAGACAGCUGGUGGGCGGCUGGAGGGGGGCCAUGUCUCGGGAGGCUCUGGAAGGGCAGAGCUGCGCGCCCGGCCGCACCGCCAAGGAGCGCUGGCGGCUUGUCAAGCUCGUCUCGCGGAUCGGCGUGCAGCUCAAGCAGAGAAAUGUCGUGGACGGCACCUGGCAGACAGAGGAAGAGGCACACGUGACCCCACCACUGUUCACACCGCUGAGGAAGCGCACGGGCACGUCGUUUGGCUCGCGCCACCUGGCCCACGACCUCCCGCUGCCCAUCGACGAGUGCGAGGCGGACUUUGUGGAGCGCAACAGCUGGUACCGAUCGUCGCUGAGGCGCCACCGCGCGGCCACGACCACGGAGGCUUGCAGCCAGCACCAGACCGUGCUGAGGGCUUCGUCCCUGCAGACGGGCCGCAACGACAGCCUGCCGUACCCGGUGGUGCGGCAGUUCUCGUCGCCCAGCAUGCACCACGACAAGCUCCCCGCCACCAACAGAGCCAGGACCUACACGGUGGACAGUCCGAGCCAGGGCAGCUUGCUGAGGAAGCUCUUCUCGCCGAGCCAGUCUCGCAGGACUUUGGCUUCAGCUCCUGAAGGGUCUGGCAGCUUUCGAGAGAGAAACAUUCUGAAAAGGUUAAUGUUGUCCUACUCUGACAAGCCAUGUGUUAAUGAAGAGAGUGAAAAGAUGCCAGUGAAAAGACUCCUGUCUUCUGCUUCAGCAGUAAGUGAUGAGACAAAUGAUGAAGAUGACCUAUAUGAGGAAGCGUUCGACCUGAGCGAUGGGCGGUUGAUGUCCGAGGAGGAGCGGGAGUACGGGAAGAUCUCGAAGCUGAUCUACUUGGAGUACCUGUGUGCGUGUGGCGUGGUGGCAGGCAUGAUCUACCUCGUGUCGGCUGUGGUGUGGCAGGGACUGCGUGUCUACACCGACUACUGGCUCAGCCAGUGGACGCAAGCCGGCAGCGUGGUUGGCGCACAGAUAAAGUACUACCUAAUGGUAUAUGCUGCUCUAUCAGUUGCAUCAAUCUUACUCUCAUUAUCCUCCAAUGCCAUUGGUCAGUACGCGGGCGCUCAGGCGAGAAGGACACUCCACGACAAGAUGCUGUGCAACAUCCUGUAUUGCCCAAUGAGGUUCUUUGAAUCAACACCUGUUGGAAGAGUAAUAAACAGGUUCUCGACUGACAUGGGUGUCAUUGACAAGAAACUUGCCACAUCCAUCCAGCGUCUGCUGCAGUUCCUGCUGCUGUGCUUCUCCGCCAUCUUCGUGAAUGCGGUGGUGACGCUCUGGUUCCUGCUCUUGGCCGUGCUCAUCUGCGUGGUGUACUACCUGGUGCAGCACUUCUACCGGUGCUCCUCCAGGGAGCUGCAGAGACUGGACAGCAUCACCAGAUCCCCCAUCUUCUCGCACUUCUCGGAGACGCUGACGGGGCUCACCACGAUACGAGCGUUCGGUCACCAGCAGCGCUUCAUGGACCUGCUGCUCGGCAAGAUGGACGUCCACACCAACGCGUUCCUCAUCAUGAACACAGCCAACCGGUGGCUAGGCAUUGCGCUGGACUACCUCGGCGCCGCCAUAGUGUUUGUGGCGGUGCUGACGGCGCUGGUGACUGCGACCGUGUACCCGGGGCUGGUGACGCCCGCCCUAGUGGGCCUCGCCGUCAACUACACGCUGCUCAUCCCCAUCUACCUCAACUGGGUGGUCAAGUUCCUGGCCGACAUGGAGAUGUACAUGGGCGCCGUCGAGCGGGUGCGACAGUACGCCAAGACGCCCGUCGAGGACUACCGGCGGGCAGGGACCACUGUACCUUCGUCAUGGCCCGAGAAAGGCGACAUUCUGUUCGAAAAUGUCUCUCUGCGCUACGACAAGAACAGAGACCCGGUCAUCACGAACUUGAAUCUUCACAUCCCAGCAGGUCAGAAGGUGGGCAUAUGUGGUCGCACGGGCUGCGGCAAGUCCUCGCUCGUCAUGUCGCUGUUCAACAUGGUGGAAGUGUUCGAGGGGACCAUCAGGAUCGACGGGGUGGACAUCUGCAAGGUCCCCCUGCAACUGCUGCGGUCGCGGCUGUCCAUCAUCCCCCAGGACGUCAUCAUGUUCAGCGGCACCAUCAGGGACAACCUGGACCCCAACCACCAGUACCCGGACCACGAGCUGUGGCGGAGCCUGGAGCUGUCGCAGCUGGCGGACGUGGUUCGCUGCUACCCCGGCGGCCUGGACGGAGAGGUGCGGGAGGGAGGGGAGAACCUGAGCGUGGGCGAGCGGCAACUGUUCUGCCUCGCCCGAGCCAUCCUGCACCGUGCCGCAUGCCUCGUCAUGGAUGAGGCGACCUCGUCCGUGGACCCGGGCACGGAGAGAGCCCUCAUGGCCGCCGCGGCCAAGGCCUUCUCCACGCGCACCGUCAUCAACAUCGCGCACCGCUUGCCGACCAUCCUGGACUGCGACCGCAUCGUGGUGCUGGAGGGGGGCAAGGUGGUGGAGGACGGCACUCCCUCGGACCUGCUGCACCGCCCCCUGAGCGCGCUCACGGCCAUGCUGCGCGCGUCCGAGGAGGGCGUGCCCAGGUGACCGGUGUCGCAACGCUGCUGCCUGCAGCCCACGGCGGCAUCGCAGCGCUUCACAGCGAUCACUGCUUCGCGGGGUGUCUGUCGUUACAAUUACCUCAGUUCGCUUACGUUCUACUGAAAGAAAUAUCUUGCAUCGUGAGAGUUUUGUAACAUGUUGUUAUUUUAUUUUGUACAGCAAAAUAUUUUUUUUUUAAUUAUAUUCUUAGUAUUGUAAGAUUUUAAUAUUAUAACUCAUCAUUUAACAGACAUGAUACAAGAAGAAACAUUAAUUAAUUUUUUUCCUGACAUGCCACAAUGUCAAAAUGCAAAUUUAGGAUUGAGGGACUUAAUAAACUGUCUACAUUCUAAAUCAUACCUCGAAAAUGGUUUACUGUAGAGAAAAAUUGCUUAGGAGGAAAGUUGUUUGCAGCUUGCAAGGUGAAAACUUAAAUUUCCUUCGCACUGGUUUGCAUGCGUCAAGACAAAUGGUAGUUUACAGCGAGUCGCUUUCUGCCACAUGAUUUUAAUCACAGAGCAAAGUUCGUGUCCGCAGGAUUCUCCGACUGUGCGUACGGACACACGAGUAACUGUGCUCCUCAGAUCUCAGGUCUGCUGCGCUGUUGGGGGCAAGAUGUUAUGGUGUGACUUAUGAUAAAUUUCUGCUUAACAAAUGUCUGUUAAUAGAUAAACGUUCUUGUAAUAAGCUCUCUGAUAAGGAUGGCAGCUGUUGUGUGUUUAGUUUUAAUUUUUACUGUAAUUUAUAACUCCUUACUGUAACAAUUUUUAUACUUUUCUAGUCAUGCUAGACUAACAAGCAUUUAUGUAUUUAUUAGGAUCUAUCUGUAUAGUUUUGUAUUAUAUAAAAAUUACAUGCUAAAACUAAA